AUGGGUGCAAGAAAAUUGACAAUCGAGGAUUUGAAGAAUCUCGAUGAUGGUUGGUUUGAUAAGAUGGUUGAGAAAACCAAAAAAGACGCGAGAGGAAACGAUGAAUUGGCCCAAAAUUUGUUGACAGAGCGAGUACUGAACGACUUCUUCUCUUCCAUUAUCAAGAAGAAGGAGAACACUAACAAGUGUGUUGAAACUCCCAAGAAACCUUACAAGAAAGCAGUAAAGCUUGCCAAGGAUAAAGUGUUUAAGGCUAAAUCUUAUUCAAGAAAUAAUUCUAAGAAGAAAGUAAUGAGGGAUCAGGUGAUCAUGGUUCCUCCUGAGAAUCCACAGUUGCCUGCAGAUUUCAAGGCCAGGAUUGAAGCCAUGAACGGAACAAAUAUCAAACUGGUGAUUCACAAGAAAGUGUAUAAAACUGAUUUGAACGUCCACCAUGAGCGAAUAUCGCUGCCGAGAACACAGAUUAUCAGCAAGGAUUUUCUGAGGCCGGAGGAGGCGGAAUUCGUGCACAGCGGUGGAGUCAUGGAUUGUAAGUUGAUAGGACCAAGACCUUAUUACCAGAGUUAUGAUUUGAAGUUAAGGAAGUGGGACUCCAAGACUAGUUGGUCAUAUGCAUUGACGACAAAGUGGCCUGAUUUCAUAAGGUUCUAUGCAAUCGAGGAGGAGAUAGUGAAGGAAGGUGAUGUUGUGCAGAUAUGGUCUUUCAGACGCAACUCUAGACUUCACAUGGCGUUUGUCAAGGUUGAAGAUAAUGCGGCCGGAGGAGGAGGAGGAGACGAAAGAGAGGAGAGUGGUGCAAGUACGCAUGAAGAAAGAGAGAGUAGUACUGGAACUUCAUAUGAAAGAGGAGAGAGUAGUGGAACCAGCCAUUGA